GCCCGGAGGCGGCGGGGAAGGCGGGGCGCCGAGGCCGGGCGGGCCGGGGCGGCGCCGAGCCGGGCCCGAGCGGGGCGCAGGGUGCUGGGCAGCCCGGCUGGGGUCGCGGGGGGAAAGAUGACGAGCGUGGGGCUGCAGUUCCAGGCGAGCGCCGGGGACGCGGACCCCCAGAGCCGGCCCCUGCUGCUGUUGGGCCAGCUGCAACACCUGCACCGCGUGCCCUGGAGCCACGUCCGCGGGAAGCUGCAGCCCCGGGUCACCGAGGAGCUCUGGCAGGCAGCUCUGGCCACGCUCAAUCCCAAUCCCACAGACAGCUGUCCCCUCUACCUGAACUGCGCCACAGUGGCAGCUCUGCCUUCCAGGGUGAGCCGGCAUAACAGCCCUUCUGCGGCCCACUUCAUCACCAGGCUUGUGAGAACCUGCCUGCCUCCUGGGACCCACCGGUGCAUCCUGAUGGUCUGCGAGCAGUCUGAGGUUUUUGCCUCCGCCUGUGCCCUGGCACGGGCCUUCCCACUCUUCACACACCGAUCAGCAGCAUCCCGGCGCGCAGAAAAGAGAACCGUCAUGGUGGAGUUCUUCCUUGUGGGACAAGACAAUGGCCCAGUGGAAGUGUCCACCUUGCAAUGUUUAACCAAUGCCACAGAAGGUGUCCGACUAGCUGCUCGCAUUGUGGACACGCCAUGCAAUGAGAUGAACACGGACAUCUUCCUUGAGGAGAUUAGCCAGGUUGGCAUGGAGCUGGGGAUCACCCCCACCAUCAUCCGAGAUGAACAGCUAAAGACCAAAGGAUUUGGAGGAAUCUACGGGGUUGGCAAAGCUGCCCUCCACCCACCUGCUCUGGCAGUCCUCAGCCACACCCCUGAUGGAGCCACACAGACCAUUGCCUGGGUGGGCAAGGGCAUUGUCUAUGACACCGGUGGUCUCAGCAUCAAAGGGAAGACCACUAUGCCAGGGAUGAAGCGAGACUGUGGGGGUGCUGCAGCCAUCCUGGGAGCCUUCCGAGCCGCCAUCAAGCAGGGUUUCAAAGAUAACCUCCAUGCUGUGUUCUGCUUGGCUGAGAAUGCUGUAGGACCCAACGCCACCAGGCCGGAUGACAUUCACCUUCUGUAUUCAGGAAAGACUGUCGAGAUCAACAACACGGAUGCAGAGGGCAGACUGGUGCUGGCAGAUGGGGUGUCAUAUGCUUGCAAAGACCUGGGGGCUGAUAUCAUCGUGGACAUGGCCACCUUAACAGGGGCACAAGUGAGUACCACACUUUACCUCCCCAGAAGCCAGAACCCUUGUUGGCAGGUGAGCGUGGGCCACGGUCAUUCUGGAGGCAAGGUAGCACCCCCCUCCUGCUGUUGGACCCGAACCCAUGCUCCGCCCACUUGUGCGUGGCUCCUCUCUGCCCUCCUCUCCCUCUCCCUCGCUGUGUUUUGUCUGCCCACUGCUCUGCUCUCGCUGCCCUUGCGUUCCCUGCCGGCUACCCUGGUACUUCCCUGGUACGGUUGCUUCCCUUGUGUCCUUGGCCUAGGGCAUUGCCACAGGGAAGUACCAUGCAGCCGUGCUCACCAACAGCGCCGAGUGGGAGGCGGCCUGCGUGAAGGCCGGCCGGAAGUGUGGGGACCUGGUCCACCCGCUCGUCUACUGCCCAGAGCUACACUUCAGCGAGUUCACCUCGGCUGUGGCGGACAUGAAGAACUCAGUGGCGGACCGAGACAACAGUCCCAGCUCCUGUGCUGGCCUCUUCAUCGCUUCCCACAUCGGAUUUGACUGGCCUGGGGUCUGGGUCCACCUAGACAUCGCUGCUCCAGUGCAUGCCGGUGAGCGAGCCACAGGAUUUGGGGUGGCUCUCCUACUGGCUCUUUUUGGCCGUGCCUCCGAGGACCCGCUGCUGAACCUGGUAUCCCCGCUGGACUGUGAGGUGGAUGCCCAGGAAGGCGACAACAUGGGGCGUGACUCCAAGAGACGAAGGCUCGUGUGACCACACAGUUCCUUACCUCACUUGGCACUGACUGAUCUUAAGCAACUGAAAGAUUAACGAACUCUUAAGAUGGGUUUAGCCUCUCCUUCUGUUGCCAGUGGUGAUGGGAGUGAGCCAUUCUUUUCUUAGAAGCAGCUGAGGGGUUGGUGGGGUCUGAAGAAAAUUGUCACAGAUCCCAUAGGUCUGCGCCUGCAAGCUCUGUCCCUUGCCCUCCACCCUGGUCUUUAGAACCACCUCAGGUCACCCUCUGUGGUGAGUGCACUUCCUGAUCCAGGCCCUCAGUCUAGCUGGGGCUCCCUGGGGUACCCAGCCAGCCCAUGCCUGGGUAGCUGUUAGGGACCCCAUUCUGUGAAGCAGGAAGAGCCUCACAGUUCCCACCUACCCCUAACUCACUUGCAGUUGAAUUAAAUAUGGCCACAACAUA